UGCUAUGGAGACGCCGUUAAAAAGCGGUUAAAAACAAAAUUGAUUCGAAAUCGACAACAAACGUCUCGCAUGCGGCGGACGGAGUUAUUUAUUUUACAGAUAAUUGUUUUAGUUGUUAAGGAAGAAUAAUAAGUCCUUCGUUGGAGGAAAACAUCUGCGGACCCAGUGAAAGACGUUCCCACGAUGCCCCUUGCAGCUUCUGCUGGUUUCGAAAGUGCCUUCUUUGACCAACCAGCAGCAGUAAUGAUGGAAACACCGGGGAAAAAGCGUAAAAGAAACGCGGAAACGAAUCCGUUCCUGAACUUUACUGACCAAACGUUCAGCAUUCCUUCAUCCACUCCGAUCCAUAACCGACAGAUCGAUGGCAGUGCCUUCGAGAAUCCUUCGUUCCGUGUGUCGAAUAAGGAAAAUUACAACCUAUUUUCGGACUCCUGCAUGGAAGUGAAAUCAAUUGCCGACCUUGCCAGUGGUGGAGGAGCUAUGAAGCGUGCGAAGGGCAUGGCGUGCGAUGCUAACCCAUUUGAAGUGGUACGCAAACCACCGAAGAAAAAGAAGAAACAGAUGCAUCAGGGUGGUCAGGGCGGUUCGGUCUCGCUGGAGGAAAGUUGUUUUGAGAACCCCGGCUUGAAUCUGGCAGCGGCGGAUAAGCAACCGGUAAACCCAUUCGAGGUGCCGCGCGAUGGUGACGAAUGCAAGCGCCAGGAAGCGGAAGAACUGAGUCGCUGUUUUGUUAACAAUGCGUUAAACAUCCGUGGGGUGGAAAGUACCGAACGGUUCAAUCCGUUUGAAAUUGUACGUCCCAAAGAAGGAACAACCGGUGAAGCGUCAGUUCGUGGAUUGCCCGUACCGGAACUGGCAGGCAUUGAGAAUCCGGCACUUGAAAUGCCAACGUACGCUAUUGCGGUACCGUUUACUCCGUCUCUGAAGCAUCGUAUCAAUUUUCAAGAGCUGGCCCCGAACGCUUUGACACCGUGUCAAAUGUUGGCCAACAUGGUAGUUUGCAGUCCUGAGCCGACAGAGAUGGCAACAGGAUUGGCUUCUGGCAUUGCUGUUGAGUCGCAGAACACGCAAGCGACUGUUACACUGGGUAAAAGACGUUCCCUUUCCGUUAUCAACGAAGAAUCGGACAUUGGUGAAAAGUUGGACUGCUAUCAGCUGGAGCUGGAGAACAGCAUCAAUGAGGCAAAGGCAAGAAAGCAGCGGCCGGGCGGUGAAACCACACCGUUUACGUUCAGCGGAACAGGCCAUCGUCGUAGAUCGGUUAGACGCAGCUUGAUCGACAUGAAACACAUUAGCAAUCUUUCACAGCGGCUGCAUGAGCUUGAAGACGAAGAGAACGAUUUUACCAGGCUGGAGGACGAUGAAAAGGAUCGUCCGGACAGUGAGGAGGAGGACAAAGAGAACAAACAGCCCGUACUGUUUGCAGAGGAAACGAUCGUCAAAAAGGAUGGAAAUGAAACGGAAAAGGCUGAGAAGACGGCGAACCACAGUGAGGUCGGAACAAACGGAACACAACCGUACUGCAACCAAAUGACGUUCACCAUUACCAAAGAAACGACCGUACGGGAAGAGAUUCGCAUCGACGUUUCUAACCCGGACGUCCAGUUUGAGGAGGUGGAAGAUUUCGAAGAUGAAGAACAGGACGUGGAGUUGCUAAACAAUCCGGCACCGUUUCAGCGUGCGUACCGCAAGAAAGAACCGCUGGCGGAAAAACUUACCGAAGAAAUUGAUUCGGAUGAGUUCAAACGUCCACUGGCCACUGUGUCACAGGCGGCAGGAGACUCCCGCACAAACGCACCGGUAAAAUCACACAAAGUACGUGACGUAAUUCGUCGUAGCUUCCGUCGAUUGAUUCCUCGCAGUCAAACGGGCUCAAACGAACCGAAAGCGGACGUGGAAGAGAAGCAAACCCAUCACGGCACCGGAGAAGGGCAUGGAUUGAUAUCCAGCAUCCGACACAGCUUAAGACGCCGCCAAACGAAAGCUAAAUCUGGCGAGGAAGAAAGCAACGGGACAGAAUCGAAACAAAAUGCAGAGGAGGAACGACAAUCACCGCUGGAAAUGUCCAUCAUUGCUGAGCAACCGCGUGCGGUAUUCCGUCAACCGUCACUGGACCAGUACAAGCCGAUUGCUACCCACACUGGUGGAUCCGGUGGUGGUGCUACUGGUGCGACACUCCGAAACAGUCUACGUCGCUCGACGAAAGAGAUGCGGAAGCAGAUGAUGAAGUCGGUGUUUCGCAAACAGUCCGGAGAUUUGGACGGUGACCACCAUGGUCAGCAUGUAGGUGAUUUCAUUUGAAACGCUCUAAGACUGAGAGGAAGAAGCUUGUACUGCUGCAGGAAAACGUACCAAUUUAUCAUGAUCGCACUCUGCAUUGUUAGACCCAGCUAAAAUUUCAAUUAAAUAUCAGAUUAAUGUCACGUUUGGACAUUCCAAAGCAAACCGCCAAACCAAAGUUGAGAUCAAGGCGUGUUGGUUUAUCUCAAGGGAUUUCCAAUGAUAUUCAAACGAAUUUCCACUAACUGUUGGAAUGCGAUUUAUUCCUAUUUUUGUCACUCAUAAUAUUACCAUUCAAUUGCACCAAAACGUUUUUUUUUUACUUAAAUUAUUAUUAGUUAUAGUAGGGUAAGGGUUUUUUUUAUUUGCUCGUUUAAUGGCACAUUCUGAUUGUAAUCCGUGUUUUUUUUAUUACUCGAAACAAUGUUACUUAUAAAGCAUGUAAAAUACCGUUUCCUUUAUCUCGUAUUUUAUGGGUAAAAGAGUAGGAAGAAGCAUAUCACACUUUUGCUUAAAAUGGUUUCCUUUUUAUGUAGUGAUCGAUUCAUAUUUUCGACACUUCUUAAAUCAUUCAGCUAUGGUUCGCUUUGUAUGCAAAUUGGUUCAUUCCGUUAUUCAUCGUCAGCCGAGUUUUGCAUUCUUUCGGCGGAGAUCGUUGAGUGAGG